GCCCCGCCCCGUCGCUUCUCAGGCUUUGGCCUGCGGCCCAGAGGCUUCCAGUAACAAGAGCGCGGCGUCUGUGGCGACACCUGUUCUGGGGCGCUAAUGGAGGGACCUGCGGUUCGGCUGCUGCGCUGCAGCGUGCUGCUAAGAAGAAACUUCCCAACUUGCCUGUCUUGGAAAAAUCCUCCCCGUGUCCUAAAAUCUUCCCAGUCAGAAGCUCUACUCAGAACGACAAACGAUAAACUGUCCUACACUCCCCUGCAAACAUUUACAGAUGAGGAGAUAAUGAUCAAGGACACAGUUAAAAAAUUUGCCCAGGAACAAAUUGCUCCUUUGGUUUCAAAAAUGGAUGAAAAAGGAAAAAUGGAAAAAUCGAUAAUACAAGGAUUAUUUCAACAAGGGCUGAUGGGUAUUGGAGUUGACACAAAAUAUGGAGGAACAGGAGCUUCCUUUUUUUCCUGUAUGCUGGUGAUCGAGGAGUUAGCCAAAGUUGACGCGUCUGUAGCUCUGAUGUGUGACAUCCAGAACUCGUUAAUUAACAUGAUGAUUGGAAAACUUGGAACAGAAGAGCAGAAGGCUACCUAUUUGCCCAAGCUAGUUACGGAACAAGUAGGAAGUUUCUGCCUGUCAGAGGCUGGAGCGGGUAGUGAUUCAUUUGCUUUGAAGACCAGAGCUGAUAAAAAGGGAAAUUAUUAUGUCAUCAAUGGGUCAAAGAUGUGGAUUAGCAAUGCCGAGGAUGCUGGACUCUUCCUGGUGAUGGCAAAUGUGGACCCUUCCCUUGGGUAUAGAGGAAUUACCUGCUUCUUGGUAGAUCGUGAUACUGAGGGCUUUCAUAUCGGGAAAUCGGAGAACAAAAUGGGAAUCAGAGCGUCUUCUACCUGUCCUUUAACGUUUGAAAAUGUCAAGGUUCCAGAAGCCAAUAUCCUGGGACAAGUUGGCCAAGGCUAUAAGUAUGCCAUAGGGAGUCUUAAUGAGGGCAGGAUAGGAAUUGCUGCACAGAUGCUGGGACUGGCUCAAGGAUGUUUUGACUACACUAUUCCAUAUAUUAAAGAAAGGGUACAAUUUGGCCAAAGAAUAUUUGAUUUUCAGGGGCUCCAACACCAAGUGGCUCAUAUGGCCACCCAGCUGGAAGCAGCAAGAUUGCUAACGUACAAUGCUGCUAGGCUUUUGGAAGCUGGAAGGCCAUUCAUUAAAGAAGCAUCUAUGGCCAAAUACUAUGCAUCAGAGAUUGCAGGCCUGGUAACUAAUAAAUGCAUCGAGUGGAUGGGAGGAGUGGGCUACAUCAAAACUUACCCCGUGGAAAAAUACUUCCGAGAUGCAAAGAUUGGUACAAUAUAUGAAGGGGCUUCAAAUAUCCAGCUGAACACCAUUGCAAAGUGUAUCGACAGAGAAUACUGACAGCCAUGCGGGCGCCCCCCCCCCCAUGUCUCUGGUGUAAAGUGUUAAGUACUGUGCCUUGCUGGGGGUGGACGCCUCCGUGACAGUGAACGACUUUAUUUAGGCCCCUCCAUCUUGGAUCUUGAGGUAGACCUUUUCUGUUUUUUCUUUCUCAUCUGCUUAACUUAGGCACAGGCAGUCAUUUUUAGAAUUUGGGAAGAAAUACAUCCGUGUUUUCUCUAAAACUUUUUAAAAUUCUAUAUGCAUUGUCAUUCUAGCUUCAGGGUGCACGGAAGCUUCGCUCUGUGUCAGUGUUACAGACAUGGCCGUGUUAUAUUCCCACCGUUGUGCAUCAGUCAGAUGUUUGUGGUGGUUGGCGGUUCUAUAGGACAGAGUCAAUUCUAAGUUGUUAUACUGGGUAGAAACUGAUAAAAAUUUAUUUAGAAAAAUCUAGAAGUUUUAGUUCUAAAUUUUGGAGAAUGAGCAGAAAAUGAGGGUAUAACUCUGUGGUUCAUAUAAUUGAAGAAAACAUUAUUUUACAAAAGGAAAGCGAUAUAAUUUGUUACUAUAAUUGACCUGUAUGAAAGAUGUGUUUCAUGGUUUCAACAGAUCAUUUUAAAAACAAGUCUCUCUAUAUUAAUUUUCAAGUAUAAAGUUUAAAUAUUUUGGUUUAAUAAUCAAAAUAUAUUCAAUAUUGUAAUAUUCAUUUUAUCAACGAUACAGUUUCUAUAUUUAAAUGGAAUACUGUUUUCUCAAACUUAGUUAUUGGGCUCUAUCAUGAAUAGUAAUUCAGAAAUUAUAUUUUGGUUCAUUGAUUCUCAAGAGGAAGUGUCUUGCCCCCAUAAAGAAGUAUAUGGAAAUCUUGUAAGGAAUGGGGGCUGGGGGGGUUGUGCAGUUUGAAAAGGAUAUUUGGUAAUAUAGAAAUGACAAAAAUAAAUCUGUGGUUUUUCAGUCAAAUUGUAGAAGGGCAAAGCUCAGCAAAAUAUAUAGCUGGUGAUGCCAUUUCUUCAGUAUGGGGGAUUCGCAAUCAGAAGAAAAGAACCCACAGGGUACUGGCCCUGAGUCCCGUCUGGACGGAGGUGGACAAUAAAUUUUCUAAAAAGGGGGCACAGGUUAGAGACAUUGAAUAAUGUGUUUAGGCUCAUACAGUUGCUUAAAGUCAUCACUACUGUUGAAUAGGAAGCAUGUUAGUACUUUAAUGAAAGGGUAAUGUUUAUUAAAAAACUUGACAUUUUCAAAGUAAUUUUGCUUUGCACAUUCAUGUUUAUUGAAUUGGGUUAAUUUCUAUAAUGCAAAUCAUAGUUAGAUAUUCAGAAUUGUGUAAAUGCAAUUGAAAAAGGAAUUACUUUAAAAUAUUAAGAAGAAAUAUGGACAAAUUCAGACCUUGCAUCAGAAGAGAUAAAGUCUGCUUGACUCUCAGGUAGGGAGCUGAUGGAAACCACUCAUUCAGUCUUUCAGAACAAAAAGACAGUAAUCCAAUAAGGAAAGUAGGGGAUAGAUGAAAUGCCCUAAAGCAGGGCUUGGACAUCUUUAAUUUCUGUGAUUAUGUGAGAAUUAGGUGAACUUUUCAGAUAAUGAAGUGGAAGCCAACUUUAGUAAAAAGAACCCCAGCUUCCUCCCCUGCAGUUGCAAACAUGUGAGACCACAGCAAACCUCGUGUUCAGAUGAGCAGCGUGAAGGAGGCUCCCAUGCACAUCUGGACCUUGAAUUUAUAUUCACAUUGAUACAGUUCUAAUUGUGUUUAUAUUUUUUAUUCAUGUUCAUAAUAACAGUUGAAAAUUAAUAAAAGUUCUCCUGUUAAUGAGUAGUGUUAUUGUACCAUUUACCAAAGAGGAUGCGAGUUUUCCCUGUAGUUCUUCCAUCAUAGCUUCUCUUAAUAACCAUGACUCUGGGAGUCUGUAAAAACUCUCUGGAGUUCGUGUCUAGUGGAGGACAAGCUUGUUUACCUCUGGAAGCCUGUCAUUAUUGUCUGUCAGUUUGAGGACAGGGCUGCCACAAGCUCAGAAGGAAGAGACUUGAACACAAGCACCAAGUCGUAUUUGUGUCGUCAGAGCUGGACUCAACUGCCCAGUUAGUAUUGUUAGAAAUUUCAUUUUACAACACAAAAAUGAGUCAGUGCCAAAGAUUUUAGAAUAAUGGAAAGUUAAAUCUAGAAAGACUGUAGAGAACCACCCAGCCAACUCUCUCAUUUUAGAAGUGAAGGAUUUAUGUAGCCACACUGCUUGCCCAAGGUCAUCCAUCCAGGGACAAGGAGAAGACAAGGAUCCAAGUGUGCUGGCUCCCGAUUCAGUGCGCUUCCUACUAUUUAAUGUCUCUGUUCAACAAAUUUUGGAUUUCAUCCUUGUUAUAUUUCAGUACUCCUACCGAUUUAUUUUAGGUUUAGCUGAGAAAGAAUUAACAUUUCAGAAGUGUUAAGAUUGAUCAGUGUCAUUACUUACAUAUAUUAAUCACCUGCCAAAUACACUAGCUCUCCUAGGAUGAAGCUCGUGUGUCAGAUGUAAAGAUUGUUUGAUCAUUUGGCUUUAUGGGUAUGAUGUGUUUUAAUAAAUAUACUAGUUAUGUC